GUCACCCAGGCCCCAGGCCACCUAUGUGAACGGAGGCCUCCCAGCCACACAGCACAUCAAGCAGGAGUCCCUGCCUGACUACCGGGCCAUGACGGAAGCUCGCGCACCCCUGUCUGCCCACUGCCGGGCCCCGCCAGCCACGGGCCUGCACACAGACCUGGACCUCUCGGGCCGAGGCCUCGCCAACCCCGCACCUUCCUGCUACCUUCUGGGCAGUGAACCCAGCUCUAGCCUGGGCCCCCCACCUGAGGCCCACCUGCCCGAGGGUGGCCUGAAGCGCUGCUGCCUCUUGGGCCUGCCCCCCGCAUCCUCAGCCUCCGCCUCGCCCUGUGCCUCCUCCGACAUCACCUCCAUCAUCCGCUCCUCCCAGACAGCUCUGGUCACCUGCGUAAAUGGACUCCGGAGCCCCCCUCUGCCGGGAGACCCGGGGGGCCCUCACAAGAGGGCCCGGCCCAGCCCUGCGUCCACCGAGAGCCACGAGGGCAGUUUGCAACUUGAAGCCUGCCGGAAGGCCGGCUUCCUGAAGCAGGAGCCCGCGGACGAGUUCUCAGAGCUCUUCGGGCCUCACCAGCAGGGCCUGCCACCCCCCUACCCCCUGUCUCAGCUGCCGCCUGGCCCGGGCCUUGGAGGCCUGGGGCUGGGCCUGGCGGGCAGGGGCGUGGCUGGGCGGCAGGCGUGCCGUUGGGUGGACUGCUGUGCAGCCUACGAGCAGCAGGAGGAGCUGGUGCGGCACAUUGAGAAGAGCCACAUCGACCAGCGCAAGGGCGAGGACUUCACCUGCUUCUGGGCGGGGUGCGUGCGCCGCUACAAGCCCUUCAAUGCCCGCUACAAGCUGCUCAUCCACAUGAGGGUGCACUCGGGCGAGAAGCCCAACAAGUGCAUGUUUGAGGGCUGCAGCAAGGCCUUCUCGAGGCUGGAGAACCUCAAGAUCCACCUGCGGAGCCACACGGGCGAGAAGCCAUACCUGUGCCAGCACCCGGGCUGUCAGAAGGCCUUCAGCAACUCCAGCGACCGCGCCAAGCACCAGCGCACCCACCUUGACACGAAGCCAUACGCCUGCCAGAUCCCUGGCUGCUCCAAGCGCUACACAGACCCCAGCUCCCUCCGCAAGCACGUGAAGGCCCAUUCAGCCAAAGAGCAGCAGGUGCGUAAGAAGCUGCACAUGUGCCCUGAUGCUGAGGCCGAUGUCCUGACCGAGUGUCUGGCCCUACAGCAGCUCCACGCAUCCACACAGCUGGCUGCCAGCAAUGGGAAGGGUGGCCGCACCCUGAGCCAGGAGCUGCUCCCAGGCGUGUAUCCUGGCUCCAUCACCCCCCAUAACGGGCUCGCAUCAAGCAUCCUGCCCCCUAUGCACGAUGUCCCUUCCAGGCACCACCCACUGGACGCCACCACCAGUUCCCACCACCAUCUGUCCCCUCUGCCCACGGCUGAGAGCACCAGGGAUGGGUUGGGACCCGGCCUCCUCUCGCCCAUGGUCAGCCCACUGAAGGGGCUUGCGCCGCCGCCGCUGCCACCGUCCUCCCAGAGCCAUUCUCCAGGGGGCCAGUCCUUCCCCACGCUCCCCAGCAAGCCACCCUACCCACCCUUCCAGAGCCCUCCGCCCCAGCCUCUGCCCAGCCCGCAAGGCUACCAGGGCAGUUUCCACUCCAUCCAGAAUUGCUUCCCUUAUGGUGACUGCUACCGGUCAGCCGAGCAGGCCACCAGUGGGGACGGACUGGCCGGGGAGGCCCACGGUUUCAACCCCCUGCGGCCCAAUGGCUACCAUGGCCUCAGUGCACCUUUACCUGCCACAGGCUACGAGGCCCUGGCCGAGGCCCCAUGCCCCACAGUGCUGCCACCACAGCCGUCGGAAGACGUCGUGUCCAGCGGCCCCGAGGACUGUGGCUUCUUCCCCAACGGGGCCUUUGACCACUGCCUGAGUCACAUCCCCUCCAUCUACACAGACACCUGAAGGAACGCCUCCCACACCUGCCUGACCUCCACCGCAGACGCUCCCUUGCCCACCCCGUCGUCUGUUCCCACCUUAGGGGCAUCCAGCCCGAGCAGCCAGGCCACUGCUCCGCAGAGCGCAGGGUGCCUGGUCUGCGGCAGCUGCACAGCGCUGGCCGGGAGUGAGCCUCUGAGCCUGAGCCAGGUGCUCAGAGGUGCCCUUCAGGAUCCGUGACCUGUGGCAUCCCUUGACUGCGUCUUCCUUUCGUUUCCCCAGUGGUUUCGAAAUCACAGACCUCGUGUAUAUAAAAUGUACAGAACUUGUUUUCCAUUCCCCUGCCAGUUUUAUAUUUUUGGUUUUACAAGAAAAACAUUAAAAACUGGAAACGA